GAAUUCUUGUCGUGGACAAGCGCCCUCAGUGUGAAGGGACGACUGUUCAUAUUUCCCGCCUACCUAUGGCAGUUGCAGUGGGUUAGUUAUGUUCAGUUGCAUGUUUUUAAGUAAAUUGCGACAUGUCCGAAUUAUCUGGCGGGCAGGACGAUUGGAAUGUACCGUGCUCAGACGAUGAAAAUUAUGGUGUUCGAGGAAAGGAAACAUGGGAGCCAUCACCUGGAGACAUAGCAGCAUUAUAUGACCGGGUAGAUAGGGAAGGUGUUUUGGAGUUGGAUUGGCAAUGUCCUGGUCGACGUGUCCCUUCUCCUGCACAGGAUGACUUCUAUCAAGAGGAUGAGGAAUCUUUAGAGUCCAAACCAGAAGAAAAAUCAGAUUUUGAUUUUAUGGACGAAAUGUCAGCACCAAAAUUCACACCAAGAAGAACAGGCGAAGGCGGUCCUAAAGGAAGUGCAAAGAAGAAAACCACUAGUUUGGAUGGAAUACUCUCUAAUAUACGUAGGCACCGAAAACUUGAAGAGCUGGAGAAGCAGGCAUCAGAAAGUGGUACCACUAAUCCAUGAAUUUGCUCAAGUGUGUGUUAGAUUAGAAGUUCUCUUUAUUGGAAUGGACAACAAUAUUUUCUGCUUUUGAAGAAUAUUGUCAUCCAGGAUGUGACACCAUAUAGUCUGUUAGACAUUUGCCAGUGUUUCAGAGGAUUAGAUAUUUUGCCAAUGUGUCAGAGGAACAUGUUGUCUCCCUCUUCUGGGUAGGAUGGAGGCAGCAUGCUUUCUGAACUGGCAAAUGUCUAUAAGAAUGUGCAGUAUCACAUCCCAAAAGACAGUGUUCUUCAGUCACUUCCAUUAGAACCUCUGUCUUACAUUAUAUAUUCAAGUUCACUGUUGCAGUCAUUACUGUUGUAAGAAAUUGAUCAUUUUAAAUUAUAUUCAUAUCAGAAAGUG